UGCAUGCACUAUAUUCGUAUGCACAUGUAUUGUUUACGUAUUGAAAGAAUGAUCUGUGAUGCUGUCGAGCUCGAGAACUGAUACGAAUUCGCUUGUAAUUUAUUUCUAUUAAAUCGGGAAAAUAUGGACACCAAAGUAGCAGAGGAAAAGGCUGAAAGUCCUAUUGAAAAAACAGAUGAAACAUCAGAAAGUACGGAGGAGAAAUUGAAACCGAAGCCGGAUGAUAAGAGCAAGCAAAAACAGAAGUCGGAAGAGGGUUCCGAUAAAAUGAAUGGCAGAGGGACCAAUGAAUCGAGCAACUGUUACUGUGGGAAGGAGAGAAACUUGAACAUAAUAGAAUUACUGUGUGCCAGUUGUUCGAGGUGGUUCCACGAGUCCUGUAUUGGCUACCAGUUAGGCAAAUUAGUCCCAUUUAUGAUGAAUUAUAUUUUCAUGUGUAAGAAUUGUUCUCCAACUGGUCUAGAAAGUUUUAAGAAGAAUCAGGCCCCCUUUCCACAAAUGUGUGUAACUGCUCUAGCGAAUCUGUUACAAAUGUCACAAAAAGAAACCGAACAAAGACUGUUUUUUCAUAAGGACAAAGACAUAAUACCGUUCAUUGAAUGCCACUGGGACAGCAUGACGACUAUGCCUCGCAGAGUUACUCAAUCCUGGCACGCUACGAUACAUAGAGCUUUGCUAAAAGAUGUUGGCACAUUGUUCACCGUAGAAGAGACCAGUCCCGAUGGUCAGCAAUUUGGAUUGGUCUGUUCCGAUCUACAAUUGAUUAAGCCUAAUUACGAGGCCAUGAUCAAGGGGGGUCAUUUAAAGGUGACAGAGAUGGGAGUCCAGCAUGUCGUGCCUCUGAGCGGCGGCUUCCGCGGUAGAAACGCGAAAAGGAAAUUUCCUGGCGAAGGGGCAGGGACUGGACCUGGGAAAAAGGGCAGAGGAUCAGACAUGGCUGCCCCGAAACUGCCGGCUCACGGCUACCCGUUGGAGCAUCCUUUCAAUAAAGAUGGAUACCGCUACAUCUUGGCGGAACCAGACCCUCACGCGCCGUUCAGACAAGAGUUCGACGAGAGCAGCGACUGGGCGGGGAAACCGAUACCUGGCUGGCUUUACAGAGCUUUGAAUCCUAGUGCCGUUUUAUUAGCUCUGCACGACAGAGCCCCACAACUCAGGGUCUCAGAAGAUAGGCUGGCCGUAACUGGGGAAAAGGGGUAUUGCAUGGUCAGAGCGACUCACAACGUGAGCAAAGGGAUUUGGUACUGGGAGGCUACGAUAGAAGAAAUGCCCGAGGGCUCGGCGACUAGACUGGGAUGGGGGCAGGAAUACGCUAAUCUUCAGGCUCCGUUGGGUUACGAUAAGUUCGGAUACAGUUGGAGGUCCAGGAAAGGAACGAGAUUCCACGAAAGUAGAGGCAAACAUUAUAGCAGUGGCUACGGCGAGGGUGACACUCUAGGAUUUUUAAUCGUUCUACCCGAUAUCCAUCAUUCCACUUACUUACCCAACACCUAUAAAGACAGGCCUCUAGUCAAAUUCAAGAGUCACUUGUAUUACGAGGAAAAGGACCAAGUUCCAGAGGCCUUGAAAGCCUUGAAACCGCUACCAGGGAGCAAAAUAAUUUUCUACAAAAACGGUGUGAAUCAGGGGGAGGCUUUCCUCGAUGUAAAUAAGGGAGCUUAUUUUCCUACCAUCUCCAUUCACAAAAGCGCGACCGUUUCCGUGAACUUUGGACCAAAUUUCAAGUCCCCACCGACGGACAUGACGUUCAGAGGGAUGAACGACAGAGCCGAGGAAACAAUAGGAGAACAGUGUAUGGCAGAUAUGUUGUACUUUACUGAGAACGAGGGGAAACUGCGAUUAGAUACGUUCACUUUGUGACACUAAAUUUUCCCUUAGAACGAUUGACGGGGAAGACAAAUUGAGAAAGGUAAAAUCCAACGAGAGAACAAUUUCUUCUUAAAUGGUCAGAGUAGAUAAAAAAGAAAUAAAAGAUAUUGUGAUAUAUUGAAA